CUUGAUAGAAGAGUCACUAGAGGUGCCCUCGUUGGUAUGGGAGAGGCAAAUGCACACAACCCUAAGGUGCUCCUGUGUUGAUGAACAGGAGUUCUGACAGAAUCCAGCUUGACAGCAAACACAAAAUGGCGCUGAGUGUAGACUCCUCCUCAGGUAGAGAUGAACUAAGAAUUGUGCUGCUGGGGAAGACUGGAGUGGGGAAGAGUGCUUCAGGAAACACCAUCCUGGGAAAAAAAGUAUUCAGAGAGUUGCUUAGUGCUCGAUCAGUUACCAGUGUGUGUGAGAAACAAUCAGCUGAAGUCAGAGGGAAACAGAUCUCUGUGAUUGACACUCCAGGACUUUUUGAUACAAAUAUUCCUGACGUAGAGGUCAGGAAGGAAAUCGUUAAGUGCAUCACCAUGGCAGCUCCAGGUCCACAUGUCUUUCUCAUGGUUCUUACAGUGGGACGCUUCACACAAGAGGAACAACAUGCAGUGAAGAUGAUCCAAGAUCUGUUUGGUGAAGAAUCCAUAAGAUAUACCAUGGUGCUGUUCACCAGAGGAGAUGAUCUGUAUCAAAUGCAAGUGAGCAUUGAGGACUUUGUUAAAUCUUCUGAGUUUAUUUUACAAAACAUGAUUCACCAGUGUGCUGGUCAGUACCAUGUGUUCAAUAACAGAAAUCCUGAAGACCGCAGUCAGGUCACUGCUCUACUGGAGAAGAUUGACUCCAUGGUGGCAGUGAAUGGAGGGAGCUGCUACACUAAUCAGAUGUUCCAGCAAGUCGAGAAAGCUCUGAAAGAAGAAAAAGAGAGAAUACUGAUAGAGAGACAGAAGGAGAUAGAGAGAGAGAAAGAAGAACUGAAAGCUAAAUAUGAAGUUGAAAUUAUGAAAAUGAAAAAGGCAAUGGAGGAGAACAGGCAAAAUCUGGAAAACGAAUGGAGAGAAAAAGAAAAAGAGUUUCACAAGAGAGAAGCACAAGUUAAGAUGGAGAAAAAUGAACAACUCCGAAGAGAGAUGGAUGAUAAACUUAGAGCACAGCAAGAAGCUUUUAAUCAGGAAGUAGAAAGGAAACAGCAGACCCUUAAAGAAAAGAUGCAUGAAGACUUGGAACAAGAAAAAAAAAAGUACAAGAGAAAAAAAGAAAAGAUGUUGAAAGAGGCAGAGGACAAGGCUAGACUGCAAGCUGAAAAGGAAUUCUGCUAUAAACUGGAGAUGGAGGUGACUCAAGCCAGAGAGCAGGGCAAGAAAGAGGGGUAUGAGAGGGGAAAGAGAGAUGCUGAAAAAGGUUCUACAUCCUAUAAGUCAUGGGUAGGGCAACUAGCACAUGAAGGGUGCAAAUAUUUUGGCCCUGUAGGAGGUGCAGUAGGAGGACUUAUUGGUGGUAUUGUGGAUAAUUAUAUAAUACAUUAGUGAAAAAAACUUUUGUAUAUAAAAAACAAAAGACGGGAAGCAAGUCCAUAUUAAACCCCACAAUUUUGGUCUAUGAAACUAAACACCAAGCAAGAGAAAUACAAAUUUCAAUUUAAGAGUGUGUGGGUUCACAAAGCUUUCAUGAAUAAAACAAUAUCUGUACAAAGGACAAUACAUUUUCUUGUAGCAUUUAUAAACUGUACAGUAUAUUACAGUAAAAUUACAUUAUUGGUCCUAGUCCCAUGUAGUUAAAUUGAGAGCUUUUAAUAAUCAUUUCUGUUUUUUAGUGAAGGCUCAGUGAAAGUAGGAGGCCAAUUGCCGAAUAGCCACCUGAAAAUAUUACCUUUUUGAGGCUUUCAUGUUGCA